CAGAGAAUGAGCGCCGCCAAAAAGUCCGUCAUCGAGCUGCGCCACCCGUCGGGUUCACGUGCCGAGGUGCAUCUGUACGGCGCGACAGUCACUUCUUUCUACGCGGCACAGGAGCCUGAGCGUAAUGUGCUUUUCCUGUCGUCAAAGGCGCUGCUAGACGGCAGCAAACCAAUCCGCGGCGGAAUUCCGCUUGUGUUCCCUGUCUUUGGCGCCGCUGAGGGAUUCCCCAACCACGGCUUCGCUCGUGUCAAUAACUGGAAAUUGAGCCAGCUGGAUCAGACCGUGGGCGACGACAACAGCCCCACAGUCGCCACUUUUGCGCUUGAUAUCUCGUCGGAGAUGAAGGCCAUGUACCCGCACGACUUUGGACUCGUGUAUGAGGUCAAACUCUUCGCAAAUGCGCUCGCUACAGCUAUCCACAUCCAGAACAAAUCGGAGAGCGAGAUCGCCUUCCAGGCGCUACUUCAUACGUAUUUGUCGGCGGACGAUGUGCGUGACGGAGGCGUCGUGGUCGAGGGCCUCAAGGGCCUCACGUACCACGACAAGGUCGCGGGCCAGGAAAAGAGUGAGGAGCGCGACGUGUUGACCUUCGACCAGGAGACGGAUAGUGUCUACGCUAACGCCCCGUCACCCGUCAUUGUGCGCAUCAAGCGCGCAGUCGGCCAGGAACAAGUCGUGACCAUUGAGAAGGAGGCAUUCAUUAAGAGCGGCGCCACACACACGGCACAGCAAAGCGACGUGGUCGUGUGGAACCCGUGGAUCGACAAGGCCAAGGGAAUGAGCGACUUUGGAGAUGACGAGUACCCCACCAUGCUCUGCGUCGAGCCUGGUCGCGUCAGCGAACAGCAGAAACUUCCGGCUGGACAAACCUUCACGCUGCAGCAGGCCAUCAAGCUGUCAGCACUGUAGCUGAUGACUUGUGUGAUGAGACAGCACACAAGUAGCAC